AUGCAAAAUUUUCUCAGUGGUAACAUACUUCCUGGUGAAUGCAGCCACUGGAACAACAUGUGCGCAAUCGUGGAUGAGCUGACCGCUCGGAAUCACAGUGUGACUGUUCUUAUUCACACAACAUCACCUUCGGUCAACUACACGCAAAAGGAGAACUUCAAAUAUCUCAUAGCUUCACUCAGGGAAUCGCACUUUGAUUUACUUCUAUUUGAUCCUGUGACAACUUGCAGUGAUCUGUUAGCAGAGACCCUCGACUGUCCCCGGGUGAUGUCUUUUUUGCGGGACUGCAGUCUAGUGGAAGAUGAAAGGCCUGGAGAUCUUUCUCAUCAUAUCUGGAGAACUUGA